AUGUCAUACCUGGAGAACAGUACUAAGGUGAAUGAGUUCAGACUCUUGGGAUUGACCGACACCCCAGAGCUGCAAGUUCCCCUCUUCAUAAUGUUCACCCUCAUCUAUCUCAUUACUCUCACUGGGAACCUGGGGAUGAUCACAUUGAUCCUGCUGGACUCCCGUCUCCACACCCCCAUGUACUUUUUCCUCAGUCACCUCUCCCUGGUGGACUGCGUUUACUCCUCGGCGGUGACCCCCAAGGUGAUGGCUGGGCUUCUCACAGGGGAUAAAGUUAUCUCCUACAGCGGAUGUGCUGCUCAAAUGUUCUUCUUUGUGGCUUUUGCCAGCGUGGACUGCCUCCUGCUGGCUGUGAUGGCCUAUGACCGUCAUGCAGCGGUAUGUACACCCUUGCAUUACAACACCACCAUGACGACCAGUGUGUGUGUCCACAUGGCUGUGGCCUGCUACCUCUGGGGCUUUGUUGAAUCUGCCUCCUACACUGGGUUCACCUUCUCCCUCUCCUUCUGCCGUUCUAAUGUGGUCCAUCACUUUUUCUGUGAUAUCCUCCCAAUCCUUGCCCUCUCCUGCUCUGAUACCUACAUAAAUGAGACUGUGCUAUACAUCUUAACAGCCUUCAAUGUCUUUUUUGCCCUGGUGGUUAUCCUGACCUCCUAUCUGUUCAUAUUCAUUGCUAUCCUGAGGAUGCGCUCAGCAGAAGGACAGAAGAAAGCCUUCUCCACCUGUGCAUCUCACCUCAUGGCCGUAACCAUAUUCUACGGAACCAUCAUCUUCAUGUACUUACAGCCCAGUUCUAGCCAUUCCAUGGACAAUGACCAAAUGGCCUCUGUCUUCUAUACAAUAAUAGUUCCCAUGUUGAACCCAAUUGUCUAUAGUUUAAGGAAUAAAGAGGUUCAUAAGGCUUUCAAGAAAGCCGUGGAGAAGAUGAUGACUCUUUUCCGCACAUAA